CCCAAGCUACAAAUGCAUUCUUCUUUUUCUAGAUAGUUAUGAAAGCUUCAUAUCGUCAUUUGCUCCUUUUUCUGGUAGCAUUGAUCUGUUUCAUAGACGAUGCUCGCAUGGUGUCUCUAGUUGAUCCCACAUACGGAUUUGUUGAUGUAAUGUUAAAUGAAAGCAACUUUGAGUAUCAGAAGCCUUAUGAUACACCACUCUGUCAACGUUACAUAUAUCAAAAUGGGACUCAUCGUUUUUGGGUGUAUUCAGACGAUAAACCACACCAUCUAGGCAGCAACACACAACCACGUACUGAAAUUCGCAUACUUCCGGAUUACACUUCAGGAGUAUGGCAAUUCGAAGGGUUUGCCUUCAUUCCAAAUGGAACUAGUGGUGCCACUAUAGUUCAGAUCCAUGGUGCAGCACAUGGUAACACCACAUCGUUGUUGAGGAUCUAUAAUGGAGAGAUGAGAUACUAUAGUACACAAGUGAUAGAUACAUAUCUAUAUGAUAGAUGGUUUAAAGUUAAUCUAAUACAUGAUGUGGACCAAGGGAAAGUAACUGUUUUUGUUGAUAACAAAAAGAAAUUCAAUAUACAUGAUCAAGGCCCCGGUUUGUUGCAUUUCAAAUUUGGAGUCUACGGUGCACCGAGAAAUAUUAGCUACUACAUGGAAUCGAGAUGGAAAGACGUCAAAAUUUAUAAAAAAUAUUGAUGGACAAACUUUUACCUCUACCAUAAAUAAUCUAUUUAUACUUUUAGGGUGUGUUUGGUUGAGUGGAAUGAAAUGAAAAAGGAAUGGGUUGAACUAAGUAACGGAAUGUGGAAGGUAAUGAAAUGAUUCAUUACCAUUCUGUUGUCAUGUUUGGUUACUCUGAUGGAAUGGAGUGUAUUAUUCAUCCAAGUUGUUUGGUAUGUACAAAAAAG